ACCGAAUAGAGCCCUGUCAGUGGCGCUUUUCGCUUCCAAGGAGGAAGUGCUGAGAAAUAAUUAAUGUUUUUCUUAAAUUCGGAGGGCUUUUUUUUCCUCUCCUUUUGGGGGGUGGUGUGCGUGCGCGCGCGCGUGCAGCCGAUCGUCUCUGCGGUACCUUCAGGCUGCUUGGAGACUGCAUCUGGAGGAAAUUUCUUAAGUCCAAUGUCCAGAAAGUAAUAAUAAUAAUCAUAACAAUAAACCGCCUCCGCUAAAGUCUAGAGAAUGGAUGGAUUUUAUGACCAGCAAGUGCCUUACAUGGUCACCAAUAAUCCCUGUAGGAGAAACUGUAAUGAGCGACCAACAAAUGUCAGGAAAAGAAAAUUCAUUAACAGAGAUCUGGCUCAUGACUCAGAAGAACUGUUUCAAGAUCUGAGCCAGUUACAGGAGACAUGGCUUGCAGAAGCUCAGGUACCUGACAAUGACGAGCAAUUUGUACCAGAUUACCAGGCGGAGAGUUUGGCUUUUCAUGGUCUCCCAGUGAAAAUCAAGAAAGAACCCCACAGUCCAUGCUCAGAACUCAGCUCGGCGUGUAGUCAAGAACAACCGUUCAAAUUCAAUUAUGGGGAAAAGUGCCUGUACAAUGUCAGUGCCUAUGAUCAGAAGCCACAAGUGGGAAUGAGGCCCUCCAACCCAUCGACUCCAUCAAGCACUCCAGUUUCGCCACUGCAUCAUGCAUCCCCAAACUCGGCUCAGAAUCCUAAGCCUGACCGGGUUUUUCCUGCUCACCUGCCUCCAUCCCAACCCAUCCCUGACAACAGCUUCUCUAUGGACCACAGAUUUCGACGUCAGCUCUCAGAACCUUGCAAUUCAUUUCCUCCUUUGCCUGCGAUGCCAAGGGAAGGACGUCCAAUGUACCAGCGACAAAUGUCAGAGCCAAACAUCCCUUUCCCACCUCAAGGGUUUAAGCAGGAGUACCAUGAUCCAGUGUACGAACACAGUGCCAUGGUCAGCAAUUCAGUCAAUCCAAACUUCCCCCCUCCUCUGAUGAUCAAACAGGAACCUAGAGAUUUUGCAUAUGAUUCAGAUCGGAGGGCAGAACUAGAGAUGACUUGUAACAAGGUCUCCCCUGCUAUUCCAGAAGUGCCUAGCUGCCAUUCUCUUUAUAUGAGGCAAGAAGGCUUCCUGGCUCACCCAAACAGAACAGAAGGCUGUAUGUAUGAAAAGGGACCAAGACAGUUUUAUGAUGACACCUGUGUUGUUCCAGAGAAGUUUGAAGGUGAUAUUAAACAGGAGCCAGGAAUGUACCGUGAAGGGCCCACAUACCAGCGCCGGGGCUCUCUUCAGCUGUGGCAGUUCUUAGUAGCCCUUCUUGAUGAUCCAUCAAACUCUCACUUCAUUGCUUGGACAGGACGAGGCAUGGAAUUCAAGUUGAUUGAACCAGAAGAGGUGGCACGUCGUUGGGGGAUUCAGAAAAACAGGCCGGCCAUGAACUAUGAUAAACUUAGCCGUUCACUUCGUUAUUAUUAUGAGAAGGGAAUCAUGCAAAAGGUUGCUGGAGAGAGAUACGUCUACAAGUUUGUUUGUGAUCCUGAAGCCCUCUUCUCCAUGGCGUUUCCGGACAACCAGCGCCCCUUGCUGAAGACGGACAUGGAACGUCACAUCAACGAAGAGGACACCGUGCCUCUGUCGCACUUUGACGAAAGCAUGGUCUACAUGCAGGAAGGAGGCUGCUGUAACACCCACCCUUAUAACGAAGGCUAUGUGUAUUAACUGCACUGACGUUAAUGAAGCACCCUGCCCGCUCCUCCCCCCCUCCCCAAGUUUCUCCUCUUUCAUGAGACCAGGAGGAAAGCUGAAUCCCCUUCAGUUGGUUUUGUAAAAAAAUAAAUAAACAAUAGAAAAAAGAAAGAAAGAAAGAAUAAAAAAGAAUAAAAUAGUACUAUAAAGGGGCUUCUCCUGUUGCAUUACUCCUAUGGUCUGCCAUGGACAGUGCACUUUAUUUGAAAGGGGAAGAUUGGGAUCCCAUGAUUUAUUCUGUGGAACAAGAAGGAAAGGGUGGGCUUGCUUUCUCUCUCUUUAAGAUUGGGAAUGGAAUAUACAGGUUUUAAGUACAUCCAAGCUGUAUCAUGUCUCUUUUUGUUUCAUAUUGGCUAAAAGAUAUUGUACAUGUUCUUGGGGUAUCCAUAGUACAGUUAAUUCUAGAUGUGAUUGAUUGAAUUAUUUGUAUACUACUUGGGGAAAUACCUGCCAUGGUCACUGCCCCCCCACCUUUUGUCAUGCCCCCUCGCCUACUUUUCUAUGUUAAAAAGACAUGGAGAACUACCUAAUGCCGAAUCAACCCUUUAGCCCAUUUGGUUCAUGAUUGCCCACUCCAAUUGGACCAGGUCUCUGGGGUUUCAGAGAAAUGUUUUUCCCAGCCUUGACUGGAGAUGGCAGGGAUGAAACCUAUGGAGCCUCUUGCAUGCAAAACACAUGCUCUGCCACUAACCUUUGGUCCAGUUAUAAAAGUUGCACGAUUUAAGAAGAGCUAGGCAUACCACUGCCUGUUUCCAUUUUUGUUUUGAAAGCCAAGUUCAUUUGUUUUCAGUUUUCCCUUAGUGUCUAUUUUUAAAUAUCUUUCCUGCUGCCUUGUGUUCAUUAUCAGGUCAUUAAGAGAGGCAUUUGCUGUGGACUGAAGAGCACAAUUCUUGGCUUGAAACUGCAAAUUGCAGGGUUGUAGCUUAGCUUCUUGUAUCUGGUACCAUCUUGCUAUGCAAGUACAGCAUAUCUACCUUUUCAGAUCUUUCAGGACCCCCCUGAAUAUAACAAUUAGAUGUGCCGAUCCAUUCUGGCUAUCACUUCAGCAUUAAAUAUGGGAUUGUGAUCGCAGAGAAAAUGUAUUGCGCCCUUCCAUUUACUUUGAUGCAUUUGUACGUUAUUUAAUCAAUAGGAAUUAACUGUACUAGUUAAUGCUGUUUAGACCACAGCAAGCACUCCUUCAGCAAAAUAUCCAAUACACUAAAUAGGUACUUUAGUAAUUUUUAGACAUGGUACCCAUUAAUAUGCAUUUAAACCUUUUACUGCUGUGUUAUGUUGAUAAACAUAUAUACAUACUAGAUAAUGCUAAUGCUUCUGCUGCUGUCUUUUUUUCUGUAAUAUUCUCUUUGCUGAAUUUACUAUGCCCAUUUAUAAGCAAUGCUGUAACUACAGGUAGCAUUUCAGGACAAAAUAGAUGACUUGAACCAUUUAUUGCUUAGAGAAAUAGCUUAGGCCACAGCUGUGCUAUAAGCAGCUUUUAUGCGCAUUGACAAAUGAGUAGUAAGUUUGAGCUUGCUAAGAGGAGCUCUGCAGUACCUUUUAUAACUUGCAGUGGAGCAGAGACUUCCACAAGCCGUCAAAAGAAUACAAUGAAUUUGCUGUAUACUGUUGUAGUGCUGGCACUGAUGCUUAUCAAUCAAGUUUGUUUUGGACACUAAAUGUAAAUGUGAUCAAAGAUGUUUGGAAGAACAUUGAAAAGCAGCCUUUCCCAUCUCAGCCUGCUCCAUAUGUGUACGACAAUCCCCAUCAUGUCUGGCCAGCACGAAGAUGCUGGGCAUUAUAGUCCUACACCGUUUCUGGAAGGUGCUGGGUUGGGGAAGGCAACUUUAAAGGUUCUCUUUUUUUUUUUUAAUUUUGAGAAGGGUAUUGUUGAAAGCGAGACACACCCCUUGUUUUGCAUACAAAAAUUGAGAGGGGGGAAAGUUUUAACUAUUUAUGAACGUCUUUUCUGAAACAUCCUAGUUUCCGAGUUUGAAAGGAUAGAAAUGAGGUUUGAGCUGUCCAGUGAGCCUUGUAAACAGUGACUCUUCAAAGCAAUUUCUUCCCCAACACACACACACACACACACACACACACACACACACACACACAAACAUUCUUUGUCUGGUAUUAUCAACUCUGGGAGAAGGAAAGUAGAAUUAGGAGUCCAUAAUCAUUAGCCACAGAAAUAAUGUUCCAUUGUAAAUGACAUGAAAUCAAAGAUGCCUUGAGGUGGUGAUGUACUUUGCACUCAGUGUUGGUCAGGAAACCAGUAAAGCUAUAAAUGAUUUAUUAUGCAAUUCAUUUCAAACUAACGAGUCUUAGCCACUGUCAACCACCACUGUAGAAAAAACACACUGGGUUUGCAUUUACUUCACCAAGCAACAUACGGUAACUUAAUAGGUGCAUGUGUAUAAAUCCAGGGUAUGCUAGCCUUACUAAAACCUCAAUGGACAGCCCUUCAUGUUAUUCUUGCUACCAAUCUGUAGCACUAAUAGUCCAAAUGACUAAUAUAUGUACAGAAUAACCCCCUACCCUUUGGGGUAGAGACGUGUUUUGAAACUUUUUCUAGAAUCGCCUAGGGAUACUUACAGGCCAAAUGUGACAUGGUGUGUCUUAAAUCAACCUGUUUGGCUGAAAAGAUGGUGGGACUGGGCUGGGCUGGGCUGGGCUGGGCUGGAGCUUACCUUUUCUCAAUAAUAAAAAGGCACACGGGGAAGCAAAAUGCAUCCCCUCCUCAUCUUUCCAUGCUCCACUGCUUUAUUCCAGUUUCUGUCUGCUGGCGCGCUUCUAGGAUGGGGGCUCAGCUGAAAGGAAGAGGGUUAAGCAGCAGUGUGUGGUGUGAUUUGAUGGGGAGGGAACAAGUUUUGUCAACCCUCCCAGGUUGCCUCUUUUGCUAUCAAAGCUUUAUCUACCCACUCUACUUUAUAGCUAAAUGGGUCAGCAUCAGGGUUAGCCCUAGGAUGACCAACCUCCUGUUCCCAGGACUCUCUGCUCACCUAGUGCGAUGGUGAUGCUUACCUGCCCUGACAACCCUCCUACAUCAGUUGGGUAUACACCUGGAAUAUGCUGCAACACACACACAUUCCUUGGCAGGCAAGUUAAUGUGAAAAGUGUUCCCUGAAGGUAGAAAAUGUCAAACAGCAGGUGUAGGCACAGACAAAGAGUAUUGGGGGAAUCCAGAUUUAAGAAGGCUUUACUUUUUCAUGAAAUAGAGCCCCAGUGUAUGAGUCCCUUUAAUGAAAAGUUCUGCUAUUGCUUUUGGUUUAUCAGUAUUGGCUUAGAGCAUUUCUUGUCAGGAUGAGAUGUAUAUUUGGUGAAUGGGGUGGGUGGUUUUAAAAAAGCCUAACUAUUCAAAUGUCUAAAUAAUAUUUUUUAAAAAGUUAUAUAUACUGUAUAAGGUAGUGAUUCACUGAACAAAAUAGGCAAUUCACCCACCAUCGAAUGAAUUCCCAAGGGGAAAAAAUUGGUACAAGAAGUUGUUAUAUGGAAUUGAUUAACCCUUUUGAAACUGUACCUUUUAAAAGAGUUUAAGUUCUGUUUUUAUUCCACAUUUUUCCAGGUAGAUUAAUAAAUCUGGCAGCUGAUUUCUGAAA